UGGAGUUGCUGGUCUCCUACUGCUUGUGCAAUACCUUCCAGUUACUACAGUAGUCUAGCACAGGGCUACAUAUCACUUCUACACAGAUGAGGAGGACACUGCAGCUUUCUUUUCCUGGGAUGGGUUCGAGAGCGAGGAUAUCUCAAUUGUUGCUGGUGUCGAGGAGGCACAGCGCGAGCAUCACGACUACUACUAGUACUACUAGUACUAGUACUACUACUUCCACAUCUACAUCGGCACCGACACCGGCACCGGCAACGACCCCCCGACAGCUCGCAACUCAUCCAUCGUCCAAACCCAGGGUGGUCAUCCUCGGCUCCGGCUGGGGAGGCUAUAACCUCUCGCGCAAACUCUCCGCCACCCACUUCCACACCACCCUCAUCUCCCCCCGCUCCUACUUCGUCUUCACCCCGCUCCUCACCGACACCGCGGGCGGCUCGCUCGACUUCUCGCACAUCGUCGAGCCCGUGCGCGACCGCCACGCCUCCGUCGACUUCCUGCAAGCCGCUGCGCGCGCCGUGGACUUCGCCGCCAAAACCGUCCUGUGCGAGGCCACCGUCGUGAAAAGCGGGGUGACCGAGUCGCCCCGCCGCACCGCGACCCCGCCCCGCUCCUGGGAAGAAGGCGAGACCUUCGCCGUGCCCUACGACAAGCUGGUCAUCGCCGUCGGCACCGUCAGCCGCACCUUCGGCACCCCGGGGGUGCGCGAGAAUGCCUUCUUCUUCAAGGACGUGGGCGAUGCCCGGCGCGUGCGGCGGCGCGUGCGCGAAUGCUUCGAGCUCGCCGUCUUGCCCACCACCGCCCCGGAGAUGCGGCGCUGGCUGCUGCAUUUCGCCAUCGUCGGGGCGGGCCCCACGGGCACGGAGCUUGCGGCGGCGCUGCGCGAUUUCAUCUCCGCCGAUCUGAUGGCGCUGUAUCCCUCGCUGAAAGGCAUCCCGCGGCUCUCGCUGUAUGAUGUCGCCCCAACGGUUCUGUCCAUGUUCGACGAGUCGCUGUCCAAGUAUGCCAUGGACACGAUGCGGCAGGAGGGGAUCGAGAUCAAGGUGUCGCACCACGUCGAGGGGUUGCGCUGGGGGGCGCCGGGCGAAGCGGCCCCGGCAGAGAUGGAUCCCAAGCGAUGUCUGACGCUCACCACCACGGAAGAAGGGGAGGUCGGCGUGGGCAUGUGCGUGUGGGCGACGGGCAACGCGAUGAACCCCUUCGUGCGCGAUGCGUUGGCCGAUGUCCCGACCUUCCCGACCGCGUCGGCGCUGCGGAAGGACGGGAGCGGCCCCCCGAGUGAGGAGCUCGUGCACCGGUCCGCCUGGCGUGUCAAGAAGGCGCCCAAGGUCGGCGCGCUGUCAGUGGACGAGCAGCUGCGCGUGCAGUUGGAGAACGAGCAUGGCGACACCGUGGUGCUGCAGGAUGUUUUUGCCCUGGGCGACAACGCCAUGCCGGAGAAAGGCGCCCCCCCAGCCACUGCACAGGCGACCUUCCAGGAGGCCAAGUGGCUGGCUACCCGGCUCAAUCGCGGCGACUCGCAGCAGACCGCCCCCUUCUCCUUUCGCAACAUGGGUACCCUGGCCUACAUCGGCAACGCGAAUGCCUUGCUGCAGAUCCCGCAUGAAGGCGGAGAGCAUCACAAGUAUCUACCCGAGGGGUUGAAGGGCCGGAUGGCCUGGUUGGUGUGGAAUUCCGCGUAUCUGACCAUGAGCAUCAGCUGGAGAAACAAGCUCCGGGUUGCGUUUCGCUGGAUGUUGAAUCACCUCUUCGGCAGAGAUGUCUCAAGGUACUAAGCCAGAGAGAAUCAAGACGCGAACAAGCGCGCUGGCGCUGUCAGUGCUGUUCAAAGCAUGGCAGAAACGCGUGCUUCUCCCCUCACAGCUCGAUCAAUCAGCUCCAUAGCCUGGUAAAGUUCGUAGUCAUGCUGCGUGGGCGUGAUAACCUGCACACUGAGCGGCGAGCCCAAGUACACUCGACGAUCAACAGUCUUCUGGUUCC